AUGGGCACGCUGCUCAUUCCUGAAUCGCCUCGAUGGCUCCUCAAGUUCGGACGCAACGAAGAGGGAUUCGAGAUUAUCACCAAGCUCCGUGGAAACGGCGACCGAGAUCACCCGAGUGUGCAGAAAGAGAUUCGCGAAAUCGUUGCCGUCGUCCAGAUGGAACACGGAUCGCAGAGCGGCACGCUUGCAUCUGCGACCCCGCAGUUCUCAUGGCUAGCCAUUCUGCACGAACCGCAGAAAUGA